AACCGAAAACAAAAACCCAAAAUCACAGCAGCAGCAAAAAACCAGUGGAGAAGAUCUUCCCUCAAAUCUAUCUCUGCGUAGAAUGUGGGGUUUCGGUGGUGUUGCAGAUUUUGAGGGCAUUGGUGGAUCCAUCUGAAAGGUUUUUAAUUGGUGGGGUUUAAGUGGAGGGUUUUGGUAAUGGCUUCUACCUUUCCAAUUCCUGUUUCUGCUGCUCAGGUGGGGACGUACUUUGUGCAUCAGUACUAUCAUGUAUUGCUGAAGCAGCCGGACUAUGUUCAUGAGUUCUACAGUAAUGAAAGCACCAUUCUUCAUAUUGAUGGCAACAUCAGGAAGACAGCCACUGAAAUGAUUGAAAUCCAUAAACUCAUUAUGUCGCUCAAUUUUACUGGAAUCGAAAUCAAGACUGCACAUUUCCUUGAAUCUUUGAAUGGAGGUGUUCUGGUAAUGGUUUCUGGUUCUGUGCAAGUAGAGGAUUUUAGUGGCAGGAGGAAAUUUGUGCAAACAUUUUUCCUGGCACCUCAGAAGAAAGGCUACUUUGUUCUGAAUGACAUUUUCCAAUUCAUUGAUGAGGAACUAAUUUACCACCAUUCAGCAGUCUUGUUAUCCCGGAAUAACCCUGAUUCCAAACUCAAUGCUUCUGCUUCAAUUCCAGAACGAGUGUCCAACUAUUUUGGUGGAGAUAUCCAGGGAAGAGAGUAUGUUGCUCCUGUUGAUGUCAAUAAAAAUGGUACUCUUGACAGCUACAGUUUUCCAGAGCAACAGUUGCAGCAAGCCCCUGAGUCACAGAACUUUCUGCAGAACAGUUAUGCAGAAGAGUCAAAUGGUUCACUUCAAAAUAUGGUGAAUGCUGCACAAGACUACCUCCUUGCUUCUGUUGAGGAACCUGUUGGAGAACCUCAAAAGCACACCUAUGCCUCUAUUUUGCGGGUUUCUAAGGGACAAUCUGCUCCAUCAGCCUCAUCCCAGCUUUCUGUCGGCAAGGCUGCACCAGCUGCUUCUGACUGGAACAUGGUUCCACAGCCCACUGCUGAGCAGCCUGUUGUCUCCACAAAUCCAGAUGAGAGGUCUGGGACCAUUGUGACUGAGGAAGUUUCUCCUGUAGAAGAUGAAGGUGAGAUAAAGUCUGUUUAUGUGAGGAACUUGCCCUCUAAUGUGUCUGAAUACGAAAUUGAGGAGGAAUUUAAGAAAUUUGGUGAAAUCAGUCUUGAUGGAGUGGCCAUUCGCAGUCGCAAGGAUGUUGGUGUUUGCUAUGCAUUUGUUGAAUUUGAAGACAUGACAGGCGUCCAUAAUGCAGUGAAGACUGGAACAGCAGUGGUUGCUGGAAGACAAGUAUUCAUUGAAGAGAGGAGACCGAAUAGCUACAUUCCAUCUCGAGGAGGAAGAGGGAGGGGUCGAGGCCGCAGCAGCUAUCAAAUGGAUGCUCCAAGGGGACGGUUUGGUGGUCGAAGCUAUAGCAGGGGAGGUGGUGGCUAUGAUGCAGGUGAUCAUGACUACAACAGAUCUAGGGGAAAUGGUUUCUACAGGCCAAGUCCGCGCCAAGACAGAGGAUACUCAGGUCACCAAGCAUCCAGAUCUGGACAAGAUUCAGACUUUUAGACCUUAAUGAAGAAAAAGAUCAAAAUUUUGGUUCCAGAUAUCACUUACCCAACAUAUUCAUAUUUCUAGAUUCAAUAAUCAUUAUGGUGUUUUAGCAGCUACUUUGAAUCAGAACCUGUUUGGCAUAUAAAUUAUAUUAUUCUUUGAAGGGAUGCUUCUGUUCUUUUUACUGGAUAACCUUUUAAUCUGAAAGGCAAUACACUUGAAAUUUAUAGUUCAUCUUCAGUUUUCGCAGAAGGCUUGCCUCUUCUCUGAAUUAUUGAACUUCAUGGCUUGGAUUGAAUUUUCAG